GAUAGUAUCGAGGUACUGUUUGUAUCCUUAUCAUGACUUGUCACGUCAACGUUUCUUCGUCAUGACCGGCAAGUUCCCCGAGCUGAAGAACGAUCGCCUCCUGAGGGCGGCCAGGGGCGAGAAAGUGGACAAAGUGCCCGUCUGGAUAAUGCGUCAGGCCGGCCGCUACCUCCCGGAGUUCCGCGAGCUCAGGAGCAGACACGACUUCUUCGAGAUAUGCCGGACUCCGGAGCUCGCCUGCCGGAUCACCCUCCAGCCCGUGGAACGCUUCCAGGACUUGGACGCUGCCAUAAUUUUCUCCGACAUACUAGUCGUACCCCAGGCGAUGGGCAUGACUGUCGAGAUGAGGCCUGGCGUGGGACCGGUCCUGCCGGAACCGUUGGCCUGCCCUGAUGAUAUCGACAGACUCACUUAUCCGGUAGAUGUCACAAAAACACUCGGUUAUGUUAUGGAAGCGAUAACUUUGACAAGAACCAGACUAGAAGGGAGAGUUCCUCUUAUAGGAUUUUCAGGUGCGCCUUGGACGCUCAUGUGCUACAUGAUUGAAGGUGGAGGGUCGAAAACUAUGUCCAAAUCCAAAGCAUGGCUCUACAAAUAUCCUAAAGACAGCAUGCAGCUUUUAAAAAAUCUCACAGACGUUGUUAGUGACUAUUUGGUAGAACAGGCGAAAUCCGGGGCGCAGCUGUUACAAGUCUUCGAAUCUAAUGCGGAAUACCUAGGCCCUGACCUUUUCGCACAAUUCGCCCUCCCUUGUAUAAAAGAGAUCGCAUUAAAUGUAAAGCAAGCCCUUAAAAAAGAAAAUUUAGACGUUCCGAUGACAAUAUUUGCAAAAGGCGCACACUACGCCCUGAAAGAAUUGUCUCAAAGCGGUUAUGAAGUUGUCGGUGUAGAUUGGACUGUCGAUCCAAGGAGGGCGAGAGAGCUCACAGACAAUUCAGUCACGCUUCAAGGAAACCUGGAUCCUUGCCUCUUAUAUGCGCCUCAAGACUUCAUAAAAUCUUCGGCUCAGGAAAUGGUGAAAAGAUUUGGAAUGUCAAAAUACAUCGCUAAUCUCGGACACGGAAUAUAUCCUGACAUGGACCCCGAACAUGUCGAAACUUUUCUCAAAGCCGUGCAUUCAAGUAGUUAGUAUUAUUUUAUAUCAACUGGUGGAAGUUAAUAAUUUUUUAAAUAUUUUGUCAACUUUUAAGUUGUUUUGUUGAGAAAUAAAUAUUUAUUGUACAAACAUUAUUUUUAAAAAUUUCAUCUCAAUCUCGCCCUUCUAUAAAAGACAUCACCUCGAAUGUAUGAACUAAAAAAAAAGUCUCAGAAAUAAAAACCUAUAUUGUGAUCCUUACCGAUCAUUUUGGUCUGUAAGUCUGCAUUUUUUUCCAUUAUACAGCACAUAUUAGGUCGUUAAACAUGUUUUUGUGCAUUAACUAAUUGGUGAUAUUAAAUUUUCCAUUUUAAUCCUUAUUCAACUCACCAACUGACUGCCUUUCUUCCCAUUUUAUAAAUCUCACUGAAAAUGUCGGAAGAAAAAACUCAUUUGUGGUGGGAGAAAAAAAAAGUGUGAAGGCAGUGGGCCGAGUAAGGUGAAAAUGUCGUGCAUCGUAACACUGCAGCGUUUUGGUUCAGGCGGUUCAAUUCUGGGA